CAUAUAUUCCUAUGCAGUUUUGUCAGCCUUCUAGGCUAUUGCCGAGGUGCAGAACCACAGCUGUCGCGCAGGACGCUUCUCCACAUGGUACCCUUACUGGCUUUAGCUAAUGCAAUUAUCGCGCGGCGCGACAAUUAAUUGCGUUAUGGCGUACAUAUAGGAAUUGACACUCAAGCCACUCAACCUGCAGCUUUACUAUGUAGCAAGCACCAAUGCAGUAAUACGUUAUGCUGGCGCAGCAAUUUAACCAGGAUUGAGGAUGAGCACUACCGCGCGCCUGGGAAUUGCAAGCGCGGUGCUGUUCCUCCUUUCGACCCUUGCAAGGGCUGGCAAUGGCCUCGUCCGCGACGGCCGAGUCCUUACUGAAUAUCGGCCGCCGGUGAUAGAAAGUCCGGAUGCUGCAUUGCUGGUGGUUACCCUCCUGGAUGGUCGCGUGGUAGCCGUACGGAUGGAUAGCGGCGAAGUUAUGUGGACGUACGACACGGGCACCCCUUUGGUGACCGCAAAGCAAGCCAAAGCCAUGGUGCCCGACCUGCGGAUCUUCCCUGGCGUGGACGGCCGACUGUACCUGUACGGCAGCGCCCUGGCUACCGCAGAUGGCUCCACCUCCGGCACCAAACUCGAGCGGCUGCCCAUCUCCCUGCCUGAGCUGGUUGCCGCCUCCCCCUCCGUCACCCACGACGGCUCCCUCAUCACGGGCGCUCGCAGCACGGAGGUGCUGCUGCUGGACCGACUCACGGGCAAGCGGUUAGGCGGAGGAGCGGCGGCAGCAGGGGCGGGGGUUGGCAGCGGAGUGGGCGGUGCUGGUGCAGGUCCGGGAGGAGUAGGAGCAGCAGCGGCGGCUGAAGCAGGGGAGGCGGCAGGAGCGGCGCCCGGCCCUGGACUGGGCGCGGAUGCGGGUGUGGGUGUGGGCAGCCCUGCUACGAUUGGGCUGGAGGACCGGGCGCUGCUGCCCCUGCCGGACCCGGACCGGGUGGUGGUGCUGGGCCGGGAGGACUUCGUGGUGCGGUCCAUCAAGUCGGGUGCUGAGCUGUGGAAUGUGAGCUUCAGCCGCCUGGUCAACAUGCAGCCGCAGGGGGCAGCUGCUGCAGCUGCAGCAGCGGCGGCAGCCGGGGCGGCGGAGCAGGCAGCGGCUGAGACGCUAGGUAGCUUAGGGCAGGGGGGCAGUCGGUUAGGGCGAGAUGCGUUGCCGUACUUUACGGUGCGGGCCGACCAUACACUGCAGGCCUACGACCCCACCUCCCGCAUCCGCCGCUGGGCGCUCUCCUUCGAUGCGGCCCCCGUGGGCGUCUUCGCCACCCGGCUGGGGGACACCAACUUCCUGGAUCCCGAGGUGCGCGCCGCACAGCGCCUCCACCUCCACCUCCACCAGCAGGAGCAGCAGCAGCAGCCAAGCCCCCAUGCAGGGGGACGGCAGCCGCAGCAGCAGCAGGUCCCGGGGGAUGGCAAGGGUGGCAAGCAGGGGCCGGGUCAGUGUCCGGAUUGGAGUGUGGGCGGGCUGGCAGCGCUGGUACGGCGGCAGGGCAACAGCGGCGGCAAUGCUGGGGCCGGGGGCGGGGCCGAGGGUGGCACCUGCAGCCCGGCAGGCAGUGAUGGCAGUGGCAGCGGAGGGAGGGGCGGCAGCAGUGGUAGCAGCAGUCAGGUGCUGGUGGGGCGACUACGGGGCAGUCUGUACGCUCUGCCGGCGGACCAUGUGACACUGGAGGAGGGGGGAGUGCAGGCAAACUCGCUGGCCCUUUCCGGCCCGGCAUCAACGACUCCUCUCGACCUACCCCAGCUGCCCCCGAGCACCUCCCCCGCCUCAGCCGCCGCCUCAGCCGCCACCACAGCGGAUAAGGCCCUCGCCGUAAUCGACAGCAGCAGCGGCGGCGGCGGCAGCAGCCGUACGGACGUCAUGACGUACAUGGCUGACGUGGAAACGGGUGAGGGUGUGGUUUCGGGGCUUGUAUGCCCUCCCGGCGUGCACCUCCUAGCCACGCUGGACGAGCCUAAGGAGCCCCGGGGUCCAUGGCCCUGGUUGCCGAAUGCCGUACAAACGUCGCCGGCGCCCCAGGCCCUCGGCGAGGGGUCGUCAGCCCAGUGGCCGAGGUUGCCCGCCGCCGCUGGCGCUGGCGCUGGCGGCGGCCGAGGUGCUGCCGCUGACGGGGCGUGGUGGGCAACGGUCGUGGUGGCGGGAUUAGCGGGUGCGGUGGUGGUGAUUGUGGUAGUGUCCCUCCGAGGUCGGGGCAAGGCGGCAGCUGCAGCGGCGGAGAUGGCGGCUGCUAAGGCACCAGGAGCGACAGGAGCGGCGGCGGGGGGAGCAGGCGGAGGUGGUCAGCAGCUAGAUGUGGACGUAGACGCCGUCACGGGCGGCAGUAGUGGAAGCACCAGCAGUGUCGGCAAGGGAAGGACGGCCGGCGGCGGAGGGCAGCAGCGGAGGCGGAAGGGCCGGAAUACGACAGGCAGUGCUGCCAAUGGUAGUGGCGGGGUUAACGGCAGCGCCGCCGCGGCUGCUGCUGCUGCUCCUGCGCCGUCGCCGUCGUCCCGGGGUGAAGAGGAGCAGCGGCGGGGUUCCUCUUCUGGGGAGCCCCUGCCCCGCCUCUCCGCCGCCCCCGCCCCCACCUCCGACGCCGCCGCCCAGCUGCUGCCCAGCGCCGAGCCGCGGGUGCAGGUGCGGCCGGACGGCUCCGUGGCCAUCGGGCGGCUGCUGGUGGGGCCGGGCAUACUGGGGUACGGCAGCGCUGGCACGGUGGUGUACGAGGGGAAGCUGGACGGCAGGCCGGUUGCCGUGAAGCGGCUGCUGCGGCAGUUCACGGCGCUGGCUCGCAAGGAGAUCGAGGUGCUCAUUCUGAGCGACGAGCACCCCAACGUGGUGCGCUGCUUCGCCAUGGAGGAGGACCGCGAGUUCGUGUACCUGGCGCUGGAGAGGUGCAGGUCCACCCUGGCCGACUUCCUGACCAGUCCAGACGGCCGGGAGCAGUUCGUGGAAGCAGCCUCCGGGCAGCCCACGCAGAGGUGCCUCUCCGCCAUGCUGGACGUGUGUCGGGGUCUUGCGGCGCUGCACGAGCGCGGCAUCGUGCACCGGGACCUCAAACCGCAGAACGUACUGCUCACGGAGUCCAGUCAGCGUGCCAAGCUCUCCGACAUGGGCCUCUCCAAGCUGCUCGUCCCCGAGCAAAGCAGCUUCGUGUUGUACGACAACAGCCACAUGGGCGGGUACGGCAGCGGUGCUGGGGGCGGCGGCGCCGGCAGCAGCAGCAGCGGCGGGCCGUCCUGCGGCCCCGGCGGCUCCAGCGGCUGGCAGGCUCCUGAGCAGCUGAUUGCGCGGGGCGGCGGGGAGGCGAGGCAGACGCGGUCCAUGGACGUGUUCUCGCUGGGCUGUGUGCUGUACUACUGCAUGACAGGCGGCCGCCACCCCUUCGGCGACUCCCACUACGAGCGCGACGCCAAUAUCCUGCACGGCGCACCCCGGCUGGGCCCCCUGGCCGCCGCCGCGGGCCCUGAGGCGGCGCACCUGGUGGGGGCCUGCCUGGGCAAGGAGGCGGGCCGGCGGCCGGUGCUGCCGGAGGUGCUGGGGCACCCGCUGUGGUGGAGCGACGAGCGGCGGAUGGCCUUCCUGGUGGACAUCAGCGACAGGAUCGAGUUCGAGGACCGCGAGCCCGACACCUCGCUGCUGGAGGCGCUGGAGGGAUUCGCGAGGGUGGCGCUGGCGGGGCCGGGGCUGCUGCCCGGGGAGGCGGAGGCGCCAGGCGCCCCAUGCCCUUCCACUUCCACCUCCUUCGGUGCGCCUGCCACCGCCGCCACCUCUUCCUCCACCUCCGCACCCCCCUCCUCGCUGCCCUCCUCCUCCUCCUCCUCGCCUCCCAACUGGGGUGCCGCGCUGCCUGCCGAGCUGGUCGCCAACCUGGGCCGCUACCGGCGCUACGAGUACACCAGCCUGCGGGACCUGCUGCGGGUGGUGCGCAACAAGCGAAACCACUUCAGGGAGAUGCCGCAACAGCUGCAGGCCCUGAUGGGCCCCCUGCCGGGCGGCUUCCUGCGCUUCUUCACCGCCCGCUUCCCGCGCCUGCUGCUCAGCGUGUACGUCUUCGCACUGCGGCACCUGGCGGUGGCGGGGGGCGGCGGCGAGCAGCAGCUGGCACAGUACUGGCCGCAUGCGGGCGGGGGGCAGCAGCAGACCGGCAGCAGCAGUGGUAGCGGUGGACAAGCCUUUGUGCAGGUCUACAUGGCGCAGUACGGGCCCUGCCUGAGAACCCCCAAAGCACCUCAGCCGCAGCAACAGCCCCCAGCCGCUUCUCAGGCCGUUCCGGAGGCCGUCGCUGGGGAGGAAGAGAGCCCAUCGGGUUUGGGGCGUGUGGCGUCAUCAGUCACCGCUGCUCCCUCGAGCUCAGCGGGCAUGGCUGCGGGGGGCAUGAGCAACGGCGCUGCGGCCACAUAUCUGCAAACCGCUACUCCUCUCCUGCCGCCAAGCGCCGCCUCCCUCCCACCUGCCUCCGGUCUUCAAACCCUAACUCCGCCAUUCCCCAACGCCGGCCUACUACCGCCCACGCUUCCUCUUCACCCUCAUCCACCGGCACCACCACCACCAGCACAACCCGCAACACCGGCACCCGCCCCCCUGGUUCUUGUCGGCUACGAGCCCUGCGGCGAGGACGGCGAGUGUCACAUCCGGGAGUUCCCUCGACGACCCGGCAAGCAGCACUGCGACUUUUACGUCAAGACCGGCCACUGCAAGUUCGGUGAGACGUGCGUGUUUGACCACCCCCUGGAGUUUGCAGUACGGCUUUCGUCGUUGGGGCUGCCGCUGCGGCCUUCGGAGCCGCUGUGUUCGUUUUACUUGAAGAACAACGACUGCCGAUUCGGUCCUGCAUGCAAGUUCCACCACCCGAUGCUGCGGCCGGUAUUUGCGGGAUCAGCAGCGGCAGCAUCAGGGGCCGCGGGUGUGGUGGGGAUUGCGGGCUCGGAAGCAGGGGCCGUGGCGCAGAUUUAGGAGUUGAGGGAGAGGCUUUAAGGGAGUUGGGCGGGUAGCCAACGAUGCGAAGUUGGGGGCAGUAGAACGGAUGGAUAGUUGCGCUCUGGACAAGACAUGGGGGCAUGCUGUGACAUUGUAUGUAGAGCUGAAAGAGUACCCGUGGGGUGAAAGAGAACUUGUGGGAAGUAGCAGUUGGGAAGAUUUGUGAUUGUAGUUGAGGGCUCGGCAUGAUGUGGAGGGUUUGCCAGGUGCAGCUGUGUGCAUGUCCUAAAAAGGCAGCAUGUGGAACGACGAG